UUUUUUUUUUUUUUUUUUUCUUUUUUUUUGUGUGGAAACACCGAUUGACUGCGGUUAAAUUAACCUCAGACACAGUGACGUCUGCGAAUAGCAAAUGGUUCUGAGUGUCCCUUAAAUUAUUGAAGUUAUGUGUUUUCAGUGACAGACCGAUGACUGAAAGUGAUUAAAGGGUGGAACUUGGAAGUAACCCGAGCACCUUGCUAGACGAGCCCGAGCCGAGCCGAGUGUAGCCGAGCCGAACCCAGCUGAAGCCAUGGGGAACCGGGGGAUGGAGGAAUUGAUCCCCCUGAUCAAUAAACUUCAGGAUGCUUUCAGUUCCAUCGGGCAGAGCUGCAAUUUGGAUUUACCCCAGAUCGCCGUGGUGGGAGGACAGAGCGCCGGAAAGAGCUCGGUUUUGGAAAAUUUCGUCGGCAGGGAUUUUCUCCCCCGUGGUUCAGGAAUCGUCACUCGCAGGCCUCUCGUUCUGCAGCUAAUCAACAACAAAGCAGAGUAUGCGGAGUUCUUGCACUGUAAAGGGAAGAAGUUUGUGGACUUUGAGGAAGUUCGGUCGGAGAUCGAGGCCGAGACGGACAGGAUCACGGGCUCGAAUAAGGGAAUCUCCCCCAUUCCCAUCAACCUGAGAGUCUACUCACCUAACGUGUUGAACCUGACCCUCAUCGACCUUCCGGGGAUGACCAAGGUUGCCGUGGGCGACCAGCCGCCGGACAUCGAGCACCAGAUCCGAGACAUGCUCUUGCAGUUCAUCACUAAAGAGAGCUGCCUGAUCCUGGCAGUCACACCGGCCAACACCGACCUGGCCAAUUCCGACGCUCUCAAAAUCGCCAAGGAGGUGGACCCUCAGGGUCUGCGCACCAUCGGCGUGAUCACUAAGCUGGACCUGAUGGACGAGGGAACAGACGCUCGGGACAUCCUGGAGAACAAGUUGCUCCCGCUGCGCAGAGGCUACGUCGGCGUUGUGAACCGCAGUCAGAAGGACAUCGAUGGCAGGAAGGACAUCCGCGCCGCUCUGGCCGCUGAGAGGAAGUUCUUCCUGUCUCACCCUUCUUACAGACACCUCGCUGAGCGAAUGGGAACGCCGCACCUGCAGAAGACCCUCAACCAGCAAUUGACUAACCACAUCCGGGACACGUUGCCUGGAUUGCGCAGUAAGUUGCAGUCGCAGCUCCUAUCUCUGGAGAAAGAGGUGGAGGAGUACAAGAACUUCCGUCCCGACGACCCCACACGCAAGACCAAGGCUCUGCUGCAGAUGGUGCAGCAGUUCGGCGUGGACUUUGAGAAGUGUAUCGAGGGUUCGGGGGAUCAGGUGGACACGGUGGAGCUGUCAGGAGGCGCCAGGAUCAACCGCAUCUUCCACGAGCGCUUCCCCUUUGAGCUCGUCAUGAUUGUGUUUGAUGAGAAGGAGUUGCGGCGAGAGAUCAGUCACGCCAUUAAGAACGUCCACGGUGUCAGAACUGGCCUGUUCACCCCCGACCUGGCGUUUGAAGCCAUCGUGAAAAAGCAGAUCAUAAAGCUGAAAGAGCCCUGUCUUAAAUGUAUCGAUAUGGUGAUUCAGGAGCUCAUCAACACGGUCAGGCAGUGCACCAAAAAGCUGAACUCGUACCCUCGCCUGAGAGAGGAGACGGAGAGAAUCGUCACUACAUACGUCAGAGAGCGAGAGGGCAAGACAAAGGAACAGGUUCUGUUGCUGAUCGACAUCGAGCUCUCCUACAUCAACACCAACCACGAGGACUUCAUAGGAUUUGCCAAUCUGGACCACUGGAGACUGGAUGACGGUACCCUUCCGAGGUCCGACAGCAACAGUGCACAGCAGAGAACACUCGCGCACAAGAAGAGGCCCAUUCCAAACCAGCUAAGCGCACUCAUAGAGGGAACACCAGAAAAGGUGAUCCGCAAAGGCUGGCUCACCAUCAACAUCAGCUUCAUGAAGGGAGGAUCCAAGGAGUACUGGUUCGUCCUGACCGCCGAGUCCCUGUCCUGGUACAAGGAUGAAGAGGAAAAAGAGAAGAAAUACAUGCUUCCUCUGGACAACCUGAAGCUCAGAGACAUAGAGAAAGGCUUCAUGUCCACCAAGCACAUCUUCGCUAUCUUCAACACGGAGCAAAGGAACGUUUAUAAAGACCUGCGGCAGAUCGAGCUGGCGUGCGAUUCCCAGGAGGACGUGGACAGCUGGAAGGCCUCGUUCCUCCGAGCAGGCGUGUACCCUGAGAAAGAUCAGGCAGAGGGAGAUGAUGGAGCUCCAGUAGACACCUUCUCCAUGGACCCUCAGCUGGAGAGACAGGUGGAAACGAUCCGUAACCUCGUGGACUCCUACAUCAGCAUCGUCAACAAGUCCAUCAGAGACCUGAUGCCCAAGACCAUCAUGCACCUCAUGAUCAACAAUGCGAAAGACUUCAUCCACUCGGAGCUGCUGGCCUACCUGUACUCUUCAGGCGAUCAGAACAGUCUCAUGGAGGAGUCGGCCGAUCAGGCUCAGAGGAGGGACGAGAUGCUGCGGAUGUACCAUGCCCUCAAGGAGGCGCUCAGCAUCAUCGGUGACAUCAGCACCUCCACCAUCUCCGUGCCCAUGCCUCCGCCCGUUAAUGACACCUGGAUCCAGGAGGCCAGCCCCACCCCUCAGCGAAAGCCUGUCUCCGUAGCCCCACUCCCUAACAGGCCUCCAGCAGUGAGAGGCUCCACCCCGGGACCGCCUCCUCUAAACCCCUCCCCUGCUUUCGGUGCUCCGCCUAUCCCAUCCAGACCGGGACAGCCCAUCGUCAAUGCCUUCGGUAACAGCAGCCAGGACCCGUUCAGUGCACCGCCUCAGGUGCCUUCUCGCCCAGCACGCAUACCCCCCGGUGUGCCCAGACGUCCGGCUCCACGGCGGAACCAGUGGUGACCCCGAACGUCCAGGAAACCUGCGCUGCAGUGCAUUGUGGGCGGCGAAUACCACGGAAGAGUUUCUACAGUCCCGUUUAACAAUGUUCACAGUUUGCCUCAUGGUUUGCCGUUUGCUGGUCUGAAAAGUGACUUCACGUGGUGUUUAUACCCAGUGCCGCGCUUUCCCUCUCUCACCGCACCUCUACGCACCCGAUCAUAACGGCAAGACGCGCAGCCUACGAGUGCGCACUUCCCGACCUGGCCGUAGUCUAUAGCUACAAACAUGGAUCUCUGUUCGCCUUGAAAACAAACAACGGGUUUGCUUACGAUUCUGCUGAGUCUCAACUUCAUUACCGCAUAGGUGCAUUCAUUAAACACAUCUAUUUAUUUAUUUAUCUUCUUUUGAGUCGAUUGAAACCCUUCGGAUUCUGUAACGUUAAUUACAUUGACCGUGCAUGUAUUUGGGGUUUUUUUUUUUUUUUUUGGUUUGUUUUUUUAAAACUAAAAAAAAUGAACCUUGAAAAUAUUCAAGACCCCGGGGUAAUGAUGAGAAAGUAAUAAAUAUACUGCGGCUAGCGUAGCGGGUUAUUCCGAGCUAAAUACUGAAAUAUUACACUUAAAGUAAGCCGAGUGUACGCACUAUACCUCUUACCCUAACUACUCAAUCAGAAAAGACAUAUUGGUGCCUGAAGUUUUUUUAAAUUUAUUUAUUUUUAUUUAUUUUUUUUAGUUUAGAAAUGAAGCUAUGAGGCUAAUGUAUAGCUAAGAGUUCAUGGAAGUCAAAUCAAAAGCUUUCCCAUUAAUCAUUGUGUUUUUUUUUUUUUUUUUUUGACAAUUCAUUCGGUUUAACUUUGUGUUUGGUCCAAAAUACUUCAUAGAUUCAGUCUCAUUUUAAUCUAUUUAGUUAUUGUUAGUUUGAGUGUAAAUUUGAUUCAGUGGAAAACUUCGAAUAAGUCUACUCCAUAGAAAUAAUAGUUUUAGUCUUUUUUUUUUUUUUUCCACCUCUGAAAUUUUCCCAUACUAUCAUUUUCAAGUUUUUAAGCUAGAAUAUCUUCAGGUGCGGGCUGGAUUGGACAGAAUUGCUUCGAGAUUAGGUGGGAUUGGGAUUUAAAAAUGAGUCCACUACACACCUGUACUUAACAGCGUGUAGCUACAAUCUUCUGCUCAUUUUGAUAGAUAAAUUUAGAGUGAGGCACACGGUGAUAUUAAUGCGGCUGAUCAGCGUGCUGUAUGAAACCCAUUAGAACAAUAAUAGAGUCUCCACGUUCCGACGUGUGACGCUACAAGACACGAAUCGUCAAGUUAUUCGAUUUCUUUCGUGAUGUACAGAUGCUUUAACGCAGGACAUGUGGCUACUUUAGUUUCGCUAUAACGAUCAGAAAGAAACGACAGGAAACGGUCUUUUUUUUUUUUAAUGCAUUCAUCACUGUCUUUUUGUUCAUCGGUCAAUAAUACGCGCACCGUAAUAUAAUUUCCGAUCAGUUUUCAUGUUUUGUAUGUGUGGAUCCACUUUGUUAAAGCUAUAAUCAUUCGGGGAAAUGAAAUGAAAUACGUUCCCAAGAAAUCACUUCUUUUUCUUUUCUUUCUUUCUUUCUUUUUUUUUUUUUUUUAAAAAAAUGACAACUAAUAAACUUGUAAAGAUUGAUUCCUGAACUUGUCUUUAUACAGAUCUGCUGGCUGUUUUCAUUAACUUACUAUAAACUUGAAAACUAUAAACCAUAAGCACUCAAAUUAUGUAUCAGAAAUGACUUACAGCUACAUAAUUACUUCUUACAAACGAUUAUUUAUUGCUGAAUAUUUAAUAAUAACAUGCCAGAUAUUUUGGGAAAUGGGUCAUUUCUUUCCUUUGUUUUAUUUAUUUAUUAUAUAUAUAUAUAUAUAUUUUUUAAAUAAAGUAUGAGGAUCAAUAAAAGAAUAUUUAAUUUAUUAGAUAUUAAUGGAAUUGUACACUUGGUAUCAAAAGAAUACAUUAUAGAUGAAGGCAAAUGGGCAGCUAUUACCUCAGAAUUAUUAUUAUUAUUAUUAUUAGUUAAAACUACCUUGCAUGGCAAUUUUCCUCCACAUGACCCAAAGUGUGCUACUGUCUCUUUAAGUACAUCAACAAUAACCUUUAAUUUCACGUAAAAUGUCACGCAAUUUUCUUGGUAAGGUGGCUAAGUGGUUAGCACGUUCGUCUCUCACCUCCAGGUCUGGGUCUGAAUCCCGCCUCUGCCCUGUGUGUAUAGAGUUUGCAUGUUCUCCCUGUGCUUUGGGGGUUUCCUCCGGGUACUCUGGUUUCCUCCCCCGGUCCAAAGACAUGCGGUGUAGGCUGAUUGGCAUUUCCAAAUUGUUUGUUUGUGUGUGUGUUUGUGUUGGCACCCUGUCCUUGUGCCCGAGUUUGCUGGGAUAGGUUCCAGGCUCCCCGCGACCCCGUGUAGGAAAAGCCGUACCGAAAACGGAUGGAUGGAUGUCACGCAAUUGUAUUAUUUUGGAAUUGUAUUGGUUUAGUGUUUGUUGUUCUGUAAAAUAGCUUUUACACCCAUUUAUAAAAAUGGGUUGAACUGUUUUUCACCGUAGGGUCUUCAUUUAGAGAAGAAGAAAAAACAUCACGACAAAUAUGUCCAUUUAAUCCCAAAUACAGGAAAUGGGGAAAUACCCGUGCUUCCUGGAUUUAAAUUGGGCUAAGGCUUAACAUGUGCAUGUUAAUGGACUGUCAAUGGGCUAACCAGUACAUUUACCCGCCACUUUAUUAGGAACACCUGCUUAUUCAUGUGAUUAUCCAAUGCAUAUCAUGCAGAUACAGCGCAAGAGCUUCAGUUAACGUUGACAUCAAACAUCAAAAUGUCAUCUCAAUGACUUCUCAUCCCAGUUGGGAUUUUCACACACAGCAGUUUCACGGGUUUACACUCGUGCGAGACUAGAGAAUUAAAAACAUCCCGUGAGCAACGGUUCUGUGUCUUGUUUGAGGAGAACGACUACAUUCUCGAAUGAUUCGAGGAAGACGACGGGAAAUCACUCUUUACGACCACGGUGAGCAGAAAAGCGUCUCAGGACGCACAACAUGUCCAACCUUGAGGGAGAUGGGCUACGACAGCACAAAACCACACCACUGGGUUCCACUUCUGUCAGCCAAGAAGACGAAACUGGACGGUUGAAGAUUGGCAAAAGACUGAGCAACGUCUUCUGCCUGAUUGUACGUGACUGGCUGAUUGGAUAAUUGCAUGAAUGUGUGGGAUUACAGCUGUAACUAAUAAAGUGAUUUAUACCUAGAUACAUCUGUUUUAAUAAAUAUGCAUACCUAGCUUUUUGACAUGACAUUUUCAUGACAUUUACAAAUGCUUGUGGGCUGUCUCAGGGGUUUUGUUUGUGUCCCACGUGGAAAAAUAUAUACACUCAGCAAAAAAAACGUCGUCUCACAUUCGACCGCUUUCAUUUCCAGCAAAUUUCUUAACAUGUGUAAAUAUUUGUAUUAAUAUAAAAACCUUCAACACGUAAAAUGAAGACGUUUCACAGACGUUUGAGGAGCAGAAAUGGAAUAAUGAGUCCUUGGACAAAAGGGGGGGGUCAAUAUUAAAAGUAAGAGUCAGUAUCUGGUGUUCUCCAGCUGCUUUAAGUACUACAGAGCAUCUCAUCCUCAUGGACUGCACCAUGUUCGGUCAGUCCUUGCUGUGAGAUGUUCCUCCACUCUUCCACCGAGGCGAGUUCUCCAUCACGUCUGGAGGAACACACGGUUACGUGUAAUUUUCCACUACAAAGACGAUCAGCUGUCCUCCCGGUCUCCCUGUAGCACCGUCCCAGACGUCUUCCGUUACAGACAUCACAGUUUAUCGCUCUGGACACAUCUGCAGUCCUCAUGCCUCAUGCAGCAGGUCUACGGCAUGUUCACGCAGGAGAGCAGGAACCCUAGACAUCUUCCUUCUGGUGUUUUUCAGAGUCAGUAGAAAGGUCUCUUUAGCGUCCGAACUUAUUGAACCUGUGACCGUAAUCACCUCCCGCCUGUACACCGUUCAGGUCUUAAGGACUGUUCCACAGGUGCGUGUGCAAUAAUUGUUUAUGGUUCACCGAACAAGCGUGAAAAACAUCGUGUAAAUACAGAAUGUCCUGAAAAAGAGACGUUUCUGUUUUUUGCUGAGUUUGUACCGUAUAUGGGUUUUAGACGAGCAAACCCGAGUUUGGCGUAUUUCACAGAUUCUGUGUGGUUAAAAGGUACACUGUUUUAGACUAACUAUCAUGGUCACUAAUGAUGGAGUUUAUACAGUAUGUGAUGUUUAUCAUAUUUACAAUGAGGGUCGCUGCACUGGUUUGAAACACAGCUUAGGAUCAUUUUCAAGACACACUGGGUUCUGGGCUAAAUGAUCAUUGGAUGUGUGUGUGUGUGUGUGUGUGUUGGGACAACGUACCCACAUGACAACUCACCCCCCACUCUCUAAAUAUCCCAUUAGCUCUGAAAUCCUGACCUCUACUGCAUUUCAGUGUGUGUGUGUGUGAAUAGAUGAGCAUUGGAGCAGAAGGUCCAGUAGAUGGCGACAUCAAAGUUCUGUGCGCUCGAGCCAAUGUUGUUAUACAGUGCAAAAGUUUGUGCCCCCUUGCUUCAACAUGCUGACGCCAGCAAGACAUUACGGCGAGUUCCAGAUGUUACAGAUGUUCCCU